UUAUGUCAUAUUUACUCAGAUAUCAUUUUAUCAUGUUGAAAAACUGUCGAAUUAAGGUCACGACGUGACGCGACGUAGAUUGGACGUCUUCCUCUCGACGCAGGUCGAGGAAAUGUUUACUGGGUUCGCUCUGCGCUGCUUCUCAGCUUCUUCCUCGAAAGUGAAAGUGUGACACUCAGCACGGUCUCCAACAAACCACGUCCCGGGAAAGCACAUGUUGGUCCGGACUGGAAGUCAGUGUAGCAGCAGCUGACAGGCGGAAAAGAAAUUAACCAUCAGAUGAAGACAUCGGCUCAGUUCUAUUCAAAGCAUUCUGAUAAGAACAGCUGAUUAGAAACGUGUUCAUUGGUUGUAUGUUUAAUUGGCUUGUUGCAGCAACUAAGAGAUGGACUCUGAAGCCAGCAGAACCAUAGAGAUGGCGGCGCUCGGCCGACCAAUCGGCCUCGGGAUGCUGUACGACUGCCGCCAAGAUUCACUCAUCACUGGCAUGACACUGUGGGAUCACGAUGACCUGGAACAGUAUACAAGAGAAAUGCCAAAACCUAACACUGACUUUGAGAUAGUUGCAUCUGAAUCAAUUGAGCAUAAAGCUUCAGCGUUAAAGGUUGAUGCCUCUCUGAAAGCAAGUUUCUUGGGUGGACUGGUAGAGGUUGACGGAUCAGCCAAAUACCUGAAUGAUCAUAAGACUUCCCAAAAUCAGGCCAGGGUAACACUGAAAUACAAGGCCACCACAAAGUUCAAGGAACUGUCGAUGAAUCAUCUGGGAAAUGUGAAGCAUCCGGGUGUCUUUGAUAAAGGAUUAGCAACACAUGUAGUCACAGGCGUCCUUUACGGGGCACAAGCCUUCUUUGUCUUUGACCGUGAGGUGUCUGAAAGAGAAAAUCAUCAAGACAUUGAGGGUAACUUGAAGGUGAUGAUCAAGAAGAUUCCUUGCCUUGCAAUAGAGGGAGAAGGAUCACUGAAAAUGGAAGAUCAGGACAGAGCAAAUAUUAAUAAAUUCUCCUGCAGAUUCUUUGGAGACUUUUCCCUUCAGAAAACUCCUACAUCCUUUCAGGAUGCGGUAGAAGUCUACCAAAGCCUGCCAAAAUUACUGGGAGCCAACGGAGAAAAUGCUGUACCAGUGAAAGUCUGGCUGUUGCCACUGACAAGUUUAGAUUCCUCAGCUGCGAAACUUGUCCGUCAGAUAAGUAUAAGAUUAGUUCAAGAAUCACAGAGUGUCCUGGAGGACUUCAGUGAGCUGGAAAUGAGGUGUAAUGAUGCUUUGAAAAACACCACUGCAAAGCAGUUCACACAGAUUGUCAAAAAGAUUAAAACCUUUCAAGAGAUGUGCUCUGAGUUCAAGCUGGAAUUCCAAAGAACUUUGGCAAAGAAACUUCCAUCAAUCCGAGGUGGAGGAGAAGAGGAGGCUGUGCUCGCAGAGAUCCUGAAGAAGAGACGUUCUUCUCCUUUCAACAGCAACAACCUGAACGAGUGGAUGAACUGUAAAGAGAGAGAAAUCUCUACUUUAAAGUCUUUCACCAGCAUGAUGAAGAACACCAGUAUCGUCCCAUCUCAAAAUAAGUUUCAUGAGGAAAUACUCAGUGCAGAACAUGCUGUGUGUUUUGUUUUCACCUCACUGGAGAGUGCUGAACCGUACCUGUCAGCUUUAUCAAACUACUUAGAACAAAGAACCAAACCGGACGACUUUCAAGAUUCGCACCCUCGUGAUGUAGAGAAGGAACAAUGGUACGCCUCAAAAGAGGUAGCAGAUACAAUGAGGAGUAAGGCAAAGCUCUUCAGUGACUUCGCAGAGGCCAACAAGGAGAACCAGAACAUGAAGUUUUUGAUGACUGGUUUAACAAAUGAGACGCAGAAAGGCUCCAGCAUCUACCUUUAUCAAGAUGGCUUUUCUGUCAGUGACAACUUUGAGCCACCUUCAAGACCUGAAACAGUCACAGUAAGUGACAUAAACCACAACAGUGUGACACUGAAGAUUUCUCCACCCAGAUUUGGAGCAAUGAGCAUCACCUCCUACUCUGUUGAGUUCUGUGUCAUUGGAGAGGAUGGAUGGCAACAAAAGACGGCAUCAAAAGCUGGAGAAGUCACAGUGAGAGAUCUGAGUCCUGACACAAAGUAUACGUUCAGAUGCAGAGCAGUAACCUCAGUAGGUGUUGGACCAGACAAGGAGGUCAGUGGUUCUGUUAAAACCUUACCUUGCAGCCCUCCUGGAAAACCUCGAGUUGAGCUAAACUCAGGUGAGAUAUUAGUUAGCUGGGAGAAACCUGCUGAGCUUGGACAAGGUGUCCACAUCUUGAGCUACAUCGUGGAGUACGUCAAAACGGACAACAGGGUGGAAGAGGAAGAACUCCAGUGGAACCAAAUGAUGUCAGGCACUGAAAAUGCGAUCAUUUCAGGGCUUCAGUCCGAGACAAACUAUGUUGUCAGGGUCAGAUGUGAUUGUGGUGCAGCUGGAAGAAGCAAAGAAAGCAUCGCUGUUAAUGUCUGCACAACAAAACGCGAAUUUGCACGUUUUGCCGAAUUCCUCAGACAUAUUAGCACAAGGAUAAGUUCUACAUCUCCCUCAGUUUACAAACUGCCUCUGGAAGAGGAAGACAUGGGCAUAGAUGGAUGCCGGCGGUAUAACUUAGGCAAAGAAAGCAUGAGGCAAAAUCGCACAAUAAUGCUUCUUGGAGCGACAGGAUCAGGAAAGUCCACUCUCAUCAAUGGAAUGAUCAAUUACAUUGUUGGUGUGGAGUGGAAGGACAAUUUCAGAUUCAAAUUAAUUGAUGAGGAUCAGUCAAGAUCACAAGCUGAAAGCCAGACCUCUGAAGUCACAGUGUACAAAAUCAACCACCAGGAGGGGUUUAAAAUCCCCUUCUCUCUCACCGUUGUGGACACACCAGGGUUUGGAGAUGCUGGAGGUAUAAAAAAAGACAAGAUCACAGAACAGCUGCGUGAGCUCUUCUCUGCUCAGUGUGGGGUCAGUGAGAUUGACGCUGUGUGUUUUGUAGCUCAGGCUGCUUUAGCUCGACUCACAGCAACACAGAAAUAUGUGUUUGAUUCUGUGCUCUCAAUCUUUGGCAAAGAUGUGGCAGAAAACAUCAGGGUUCUGGUGACAUUUGUAGACGGCCAGCGCCCUCCAGUUCUAGAGGCAAUCAAUGCUUCAGGUGUGCCAUGUCCCAAAACACCUGAAGGGGAGCCACUUCACUUCAAAUUCAACAAUUCAGCUUUGUUUGCACUCAACAGAUCUCCUGCAGCAGAAAACAUGAGUGAGGAUGAUGAAGAUGAAGGCUUUGAUGAGAUGUUUUGGGACAUGGGGACAAAAAGCAUGAAGAGGUUCUUUGUUGCUUUGAAUGCCAUAAACACCAAAAGCUUUACAUUGACGAAAGAGGUCCUCAGAGAAAGACGGCAGCUCGAGGUUUCAGUUGCAACUUUGCAGAAGCAGGUUAAACUUGGGUUAGCUAAGCUUGAGGAGAUAAAAGAGACAGCUGAAAAAGUGAAAAACCACAAGGCAGAGAUCGACAGAAACUUUGAGUUUGAAGUUACUGUUAAAAAGCCUGUUCAAAUAGACAUUUCUAGAACUGGACGUCACCUCACCAACUGUCAGCAGUGUCAUUUCACCUGUCAUGAUGAUUGUCCCUAUUCAAAUGAUGACGAUAAAAUACACUGUUCUGCAAUGGGAUCAGAUGGAUACUGUAGACAGUGUCCAGGCAAAUGUCAUUGGAGAGUACAUCAUAAUCAGAAGUACAGAUGGGAUUAUCAGGAAGUUAAAGAAAAACGAACAAUGAAAGAGCUGAAAGAAAAGAACUAUAAAGCCAAAGAGGGUAAGAUGUCUGUCGAGAGAGUGAUUGAGAAACUGCACGAUGAUUAUCAUCAUAUGCAGGGUGAGGUGGAGACCCUGAUCCAGAAGUCUGCUCAGUGUUUAAACAGACUUAAAGAGAUAGCACUGAAGCCGGAUCCCCUCUCCACUCCAGAGUACAUUGACCUGAUGAUUGAGGGAGAGAAGCAAGAGGCCAAGUCAGGCUGGAAGGAACGAGUUCAGUCGCUGAUGGACAUGAAAGGGAAAGCAGAGUGCAUGGCUAGAGUAGGCAGAGGAGAGAAACUCCUCCAGAGUCCACCUACUGACUUCUAGCAUAGGACUUUAGGCCAGACAAAGAACAAAACCAACCUGGACAGCAGUGAGACCGGUGCCAGAAACCAAGACUAGAACAAGAUUGAUAGACAUCAGUGAAAACCCGGACGACGAGGCAGAGACUGAUGCCGACCAAGACAAGACCGACCACAAGUCUGAUACAGACCAAGUUGAGGCUGAGAUGGACGUGAUCCAGGCCAAGAUGAGGCCAGGACUGAUUCUAAAAUCAGACCAAAACAGUGAGCUUGAUACUAACCCAGACCAAGACAACACUGAUUCUGAAAUUAACGAAGACCAGGACGGGGUACUCGCGCCGCUAUCCCACCAGACUAAGAAAUAGAUAGCGUGGGUCAGAGUUUCACCCACUCAACCCGUUAUGAGAGCCGAUCAGCACCACCCAGCCGAGCUGAAAUAUGAGUUAAUCAACCACCUGAACCCGACCUGACCUUCAAACCACCAACUUUAAUGUCAGUUGUCAGGACUGAGCCCAAGUUACCCUUCAUUAAAGACAUGAACUGUCUCUCACAUUUAUACACAUACAACGGGUGAACCCGCAGGUCAGGAAGGUUGCAGGUCAGCACCGGCAUCGCUACUAUGAACACAACAAGAUCAGGGACAGCCAAAGACCUGGGCAGAGUCCUGGGAUCAUCGACUCCAUAACUGAUUGCAAAGGUAGAAAUUUACUAAAACAUGUCUUGAGCUUCAAUUGUGCAACUUAAUUUAGUAAAUCACUGCUAAACUACUAUAGAACUUUGGACUCUAUGUUCAAACGUAGUAAUGGAUUAACUAAGAGAUGCUGCAGCCCAGUCCUGAGGUUUAGCAGGGUUAGGGUUUUGGCAACAUGUUUAACAUUUUCGUCAUCUUAUUUCAGCACCAUUAAAAUGAUCAGCAGCUUCCAGCCAUUGUGUGCACUCACAGUGCUGCUCAAGGUUCAACAGAUUUUAAUUUUCGAUGCAGUGAGAAACAAAAGCAGAUUGUGCACAAUAUUGUACAGAUUUUAAGAAAAUGAGAUGGGAAAAGGGAAAAAAUCAAUGUAUUUACAUCAAGUGUGAUCAAAUUCUGUGCUGGAGCCAGUAAAAUAUCUCAACAUGGAUCACAUCUGCAACACACCUGAAUCAGAGACUUUUUAUUUUUAAAUCUAUUUCCAUUGUACCCAGUUUACACUGUUCAGCUGUUUCACUGCGCUAUCAUCUUAUUUUAACAUGUUUUAUCUACUUUAAACUUUAAAAGUUAAAGUUUGUUUUGUUGAAGAGUUGAAAACAUGAUGACAAUCUGAAUCAUUUUGAUUAGUCCUGAUACUGAUGUAUAUCGACUUUGAUGUUUUCACAUUUUAUUGUUCACGAUGGCCCCCGCCAAAAGAUCAUUAAACAAUAAAGAAUAAAUAAAUAGAA